GCCCGCCCGCCUGCCCGGAGCACUGGGGCUCGGGCCCGGAGCCCCGCAGGCCGCACAGCCAUGGGUGCUGCCUGGCACUACCAGUCGUUCCUGCUGCUACUGCUGGCGGCAGCUUGGGGACCAUGUUUCUCGGGGAUGCUCCGCUCCUCACAGCGGCGAUGGCCGGUGCCUUACAGGCGCUUUGAUUACCGCCCAAAAACUGAUCCUUACUGCCAGGCUCGUUACACCUUCUGUCCCACUGGCUCUGCUAUUCCAGUUAUGAAGGAAGAGGAUGUCAUUGAAGUGUAUCGAUUACAGGCCCCAGUAUGGGAAUUCAAAUAUGGGGACCUACUAGGGCAUUUGAAAAUUAUGCACGAUGCUGUGGGUUUCAAGAGCUCUCUGAUGGACAAAAACUACACAAUGGAAUGGUAUGAACUCUUCCAACUUGGGAACUGCACAUUUCCACAUCUCCGGCCUGGCAUGAAUGCACCAUUCUGGUGUAACCAGGGAGCUGCCUGCUUUUAUGAAGGAAUAGAUGAUGCACACUGGAAGGAAAAUGGAACUUUAGUUCUUGUGACCACAAUAUCAGGAAGCAUGUUUAAUGAAAUGGCAAAAUGGGUAAAAUACGACAAUGAGACUGGCAUUUACUAUGAGACCUGGACAGUUCAAGCAAGUCCUGACAAACAGUCAGUAGUAUGGUUUGACUCUUAUGAGUGCUCUAAAUUUAUCCUGAGAACAUACCAGAAGCUUGCUGAUUUAGGAGCUGUGUUUAAGAAGAUACAAACAAACUAUACAAGCAUUGUUUUAUUCAGUGGAGAACCUGUUUAUUUGGGAAAUGAGACAUCUGUCUUUGGACCACAGGGAAACAAAACCUUGGCAACAGCUAUAAGAGACUUCUACUAUCCAUUCAAACCUCAUCAGACAGUCAGAGAAUUUUUUGUGGAUCUUAUAAAAAUAAUUGAUCGUGUCAUCUUGAAUCAUCAGUUUUACCUCUUUUACAACUUGGAAUACUGGUUUUUACCUAUAAAGUUCCCUUAUCUCAAAGUAGUUUAUGAAGAGGUUCCUUUACCUACUGGAAGCAAAACAUCCUUUGGUGUAUAAUAACUUACUGAAGAAUCAAACUUGCCCUUACGUCUGAAUAUCUGUAGGGGUUUUGUUGUGAUGGUGUUGAAGCGUUGAGUGUUUCACUGCUAACUGUAAAAGAUCUGGUGAGACAGCUUUGCUUGACCGCAUCCAAGACUUUUUUUUUUCCUAUUAAUUGUAUAACGCAUCAAUGAAUGCUUUAGCAUUUCUGACUUGGCCAGCUUUUGUGGACGCCUGCUGCCUGAAGGCAGGUUGAUGUGAUAGUGAAUGAGAGGUAGCCUGCCUGCUCUGGUUUCAGUGCUCUCCACAUAUAUAUGGCCACCUGGCCAAGAACCAUGGCAUCUGGCCACCAGCAGACAUGGAACAGAAGCUUUACAAAGAUCUUGUUUGGCCAGUGCAUCUCAUCCAAGUAUUGGAACUAACAAACAUGCAUGCCUAACUGUGCCAAAUUUCCUCAGCAUGUGCCUUAGAUUGGUGUUUCUGUAUUUGGUUCAACUUAGACCCAUGUACUCUUCUCUGGUUUGUGGCACAGGUGUUCAGAGGGGUGGAAAGGGACAGCAAAUCUAUCUGCACAUGGCAUGGGCAGUAUCUUUUCAGCACUUUGCUUCCCUCAUCUCUACUGUAAAUAGAAUGCAGAUGUCUGUUCCUAAGAUCUGUGUGUUUUCUGCAGCAUUCUAGCAGUUUCUUGUCUUAAAAGUCUACUUCAGUUUCAUGGAA